AUGGACGAGAUGCGUUUUCGCACCCAGCAGUCGUCUCGGAACGACACCUCAAUGGGCUCUUUUGCCUCCCCCCCCCGAAACGGCUCCCGCAUGCCGCAGCCUUCCGAUUCCCGCUCCUCUCUGCCUCGCCGGUUUACAGCCGAUUCGGGGCGUGUACCAACAUUGUCCAAUAAUACAAACCAGCAGCGAGCCCCAGAGCCGCAAGAUCUUUCCGCCACGACGGCAUUGCACAAGGUUCAACUGUUGGAGAAGAAGCGGUUAGAAUACGAGAAGCUCCGCGAGCAGAAGCGGCGCUUCGAGGCCGAAAUGCAGAAGCUGGACCAACAGCAGCGGCGUGAGGAGCAGGAGCUCGCUGCCAUGCAGGAGGACUUGGGCCGCAUCGGUGCUUCUGGCGGUAUGGCCCCCGGCCACCAAUCCGAGCCCACCACGCCGCCGGAAUACCGCGAAUCCGCGUCCGGCUUCCCAUCCAUGUUCUCGCGACCAAACCGCUACUCCACUUCGAGCCUGACCUCGCCACCAGGUCUCCUCUUCAACCGUCCGACACGUUCUGGCUCUCAGAUUGCCUCUCCUCAGUCUGGCAUCAUUCAGCCGUCACAGCAGCGGAUCGCCUUUGAUGACCAGCUUCCCUCUCGCUCUGUUCCCGGAUCGCGGCGCAAUAGCGACGAAGACGAAAAGGAAGAGGCUGUCCGCCAGGACCCUACGAGCCACCGCUCUACCAAUGCCCUCAACCGGUACAGUAUGCCUGUGACGAGAUCUAGAUCGGGCUUUUACGACUUCUCCUCUCUUGACCAGACGAACACCACACGCUUCCUGUUUGGCGAGGACGAGGACCACAGCAAUGUUGAGGGAAAGCUCUACCAAUCCAACAAACCGAAGCCUGUUGCGCUUGAUGAGAACUUUCCCACUCUCACACGCCGCGAGGGUCAGCCCCACAUGCUCUCGGCUUCCUCUGCAGCGCUUGACCUGGCUUUGGCACAAAUGGCCAACACUGAAACUGUUAACGCCAACGACUGGGUUGGUGUUAGCCGCCACCGCACUCAGCCAAGCCUGUCUGGGCUGAGUUCAUCUCAGCGUAACAGUUCCAUAACUGUCACAUCCGGCCCGUCCAACCCAUCAGAUUCCACCACUGCCAGUGGUCGCCCUUCGUCAAUCCGGCACUCAUUUGACAUGAAGUACUAUACGGACAAUGUGUCUGAAGUCUCUGCUUCGAUUAUGUCUUCACCCACAAGCCAUAUCCUCGCGACGCCACCCAAGCUGCAGUCGUCUUACUCUGCAAACGACGUUUCGACCAUCAAGACAACUCCCGGCUCUAAUGUCUCGUCGAACACGAACAACCAUGCUCAGCAGUACCUGCACAACCACAAUGCUAGCCUUGGCCGCAUCCCGGCUGGUGCCAUGCACAACCGCCACAGCCGGGAGCUGUCUAGUGGCGACCUCAAUGGUUCUAUGGUCGCUCGUGAGUUUGCUUCCAUUGGGUCGGCUCUGCAUGCCAACGCAGCACCCUUUGGCUCUGGCACUAUGACUCCCAACGGAAUGCCUCAAAGCUCAUCUUCCAUCCCAGCUGCAACUCUGGCAGCAGCAGCAACCGCAGCCGCCGCUGCCGCCUCGUCUGGUUCCGCGACGACGUUACCCCCCACCACAGCCGGCAAUCAGUACAUGGCUGGAUACUAUGGCGCCCCCAAUUAUGCCGUACAGGCCAACGGCGUAGCACCCAUUCCUGGACCUUCACCAUACGGCGGUCCCAACGGGUUGCAAGCUCUCACACAAACGAUGCAGGCUAUGUCGAUGAACGGAGCCGGGCCUAUGUAUCAACCUCAGGGCUACAAUGGCUACCCAUCCCUUUACGGCAUGCCAGGAGCCCAGCCCCAGAUUCGAGACAGCCAGGCCCGUGUCAUACAGAGUCGCCGACAGGUGGACAACGAAGCCAUGAACCGUUACAACAACACUCCUCUUGAGGCAGUGGGCGGAACGAUCUACGAGCUAUGCAAGGAUCAGCAUGGAUGCCGGUACCUACAGAAGCAGCUGGAAAACCGCAAUCCUGAGCAGGUUCAUAUGAUCUGGCUUGAAACGAACCAGCAUGUGGUCGAGUUGAUGACCGACCCCUUUGGCAACUACCUCUGUCAGAAGCUGCUCGAGUACUGCAACGAUGACGAGCGCACCGUCCUGAUCCAAAAUGCAGCCCAGGACAUGGUGCGCAUUGCGCUCAACCAGCAUGGCACGCGUGCUCUUCAGAAGAUGAUCGAAUUUAUCUCGACCGAGGCUCAGGUUCAGAUCAUUAUCGAGGCUCUUCGCCACUGCGUGGUCGAUCUUAUCAAGGAUCUGAACGGCAAUCACGUUAUCCAGAAAUGUCUCAACAAGCUCACCCCCGCCAAUGCGCAGUUCAUUUUUGAUGCCGUUGGUGGCGCUUGCGUUGAAGUCGGCACUCACCGUCACGGCUGCUGUGUCCUGCAGCGAUGCAUUGACCAUGCUUCAGGGGAUCAGAAGGUCUGGCUCAUCCAGCGCAUCACGGAAGAAGCAGUGACUCUCAUUCAGGACCCGUACGGAAACUACGUCGUCCAGUACAUCAUUGAUCUGAACGAUCUCAACUUUACUGAGCCGCUAGUCGCCCGUUUCCGUGGCCGCAUCUGCUCACUUUCACGACACAAGUUCAGUUCCAACGUGGUCGAAAAAUGUCUCCGCUGUUCCCUGGAACCUUCUAGGGAUAUGAUCGUCGAGGAGGUCCUGAACUCCGGAGAGGUCGAACGCCUUGUGCGUGAUUCGUAUGCGAAUUACGUUGUCCAGACCGCCCUUGAGUACGCCACGCCGUACAUGAAGGCUCGCCUGGUCGAUUCGAUUCGCCCAUUCCUGGCUCAGAUUCGGUCGACACCGCAUGGCCGUCGCAUCCAGGCCAAGAUCCAGGCCUACGACUCGCGCAGUGGCCAGUCUAGUGGACACAUCACUCCGGCGGACUCGUCUCAGGGUCAGAUCCCGCUUCACACCAGCCACAGUCGCAGCGGCAGCACAUCGAUGAUGGUGCCGACAUCAGUCUUUUCCACAAACGGGCUAAAUGGCAUCACACACCGUGCUGGAGUCAACGGUGUUGCUGGGCCGGCCGCUACAGGAAAUCCCUCUGGUCAGGUCAACAUUCUUGGUGGGUCCCAGGGCCGUUCGAUGCCCCAAUACGCCCCGCCGCAGUUUGCGCGCUCGACCAUGCCAGUCAGCGGAGUGCCCACGACUGUUGCGAUGAUGCCUUCCAUGGUGCCCGUCAGCAUGGCGCCGAACAUGGCUGCUGGCCUUCCGGGCAUGCCCGGGCCUGGAAUGGGCCUCAUGAACGAGAAUGGUGAGACCGCAUGGCUAUAG